AUGUCUAAAGCAUCAACAGCCGCCCGUCUCCAAAACGACUUCGGUGCAGACCUUUGGGUCAAGAACCAGGCCCAGGCUCGCCACGCAACAGCCGGACGAGGCCUCUUCGCCGGCCUCCAAGACGUCAAGCACUACAACGUCGAAAAUGGAUGGGCGAAGCGCACAGCCGCCAACGAACAGCCAGGUCUUAUAGGCCUUUUGUGGAGUAGGUUAGUAUAUCCUAUUCCGGAAUGGUAG